CGGCCAGCCCUGUCCUGCUUGGACCUUAGUGUUGCCACUGGGCCAGUCAGAUGAGUGGCCACCACUGGGUUCAGACCAUAUCCUGUCACCACAGCCACCCGAAGGGGUCCUGGAGCGCGAUCCCCUCCCCCAGAGUAGGCCUGUGUUGGUGUUAGGGACCAGACAGCCUUUCAGGGGCCCUGCGCCAUCUGCCAUCUGCACAUCUUCAGGGCCUGCGCGGGCGGCGAUGCCGGACCCCGCGGGACACCUGCCCUUCUUCUACGGCUGCAUCUCGCGCGCCGAGGCCGAGGAGCACCUGAAGCUGGCGGGCAUGGCCGACGGGCUCUUCCUGCUGCGCCAGUGCCUGCGCUCGCUGGGCGGCUACGUGCUGUCGCUGGUGCACGACGUGCGCUUCCACCACUUCUCCAUCGAGCGCCAGCUCAACGGGACCUACGCCAUCGCGGGCGGGAAGGCUCACUGCGGCCCCGCCGAGCUCUGCGAGUUCUACUCGCACGACCCAGACGGCCUUCCCUGCAAACUGCGCAAGCCGUGCAAUCGGCCGGCGGGCCUCGAGCCGCAGACCGGCGUCUUCGACUGUCUGCGCGACGCCAUGGUGCGGGACUACGUGCGCCAGACGUGGAAGCUGGAGGGUGAUGCCCUAGAGCAGGCCAUCAUCAGUCAGGCCCCGCAGGUGGAGAAGCUCAUUGCCACCACGGCCCAUGAGCGGAUGCCCUGGUACCACAGCAGCCUGACGCGGGAGGAAGCCGAGCGCAAGCUCUACUCUGGAGCGCAAACAGACGGCAAGUUCCUGCUGAGGCCCCGGAAGGAGAAAGGCACAUAUGCACUGUCCAUGGUCUAUGGGAAAACUGUGUACCACUACCUUAUCAGCCAGGACAAGGCUGGCAAGUACUGCAUUCCUGAGGGGACCAAGUUUGACACUCUCUGGCAGCUUGUGGAGUACCUGAAGCUGAAGGCCGAUGGGCUCAUCUACUGCUUGAAGGAGGUCUGCCCCAACUCCACUGCCAGCGCUGCAGGUGCCGCUGCUCCCACGCUCCCAGCCCACCCAUCCACCUUCACCCAGCCUCAAAGACGGGUGGAUACCCUCAACUCAGAUGGAUACACCCCUGAGCCAGCACGUCUAGCAUCUCCAGAGAAGCCCCGGCCAAUGCCCAUGGACACAAGUGUGUAUGAGAGCCCCUACAGCGACCCUGAGGAGCUCAAGGACAAGAAGCUCUUCCUGAAGCGUGAGAACCUUCUUGUGGCAGACAUUGAACUUGGUUGUGGCAACUUUGGCUCCGUGCGCCAGGGCGUCUACCGCAUGCGCAAGAAGCAGAUUGAUGUGGCCAUCAAAGUGCUGAAGCAAAGCACAGAGAAGGCAGACAAGGACGAGAUGAUGCGUGAGGCACAGAUCAUGCACCAGCUGGACAACCCCUACAUCGUGCGGCUCAUUGGGGUGUGCAAGGCCGAGGCGCUCAUGCUCGUCAUGGAGAUGGCGGGGGGCGGGCCCCUGCACAAGUUCCUGAUUGGAAAAAAGGAGGAGAUUCCAGUCAGCAACGUGGCUGAGCUGUUGCACCAAGUGUCCAUGGGGAUGAAGUAUCUGGAAGAGAAGAACUUUGUGCACCGAGACCUGGCCGCCCGCAAUGUGCUGCUGGUCAACCGGCACUAUGCCAAGAUCAGUGACUUUGGCCUCUCCAAGGCGCUGGGUGCUGAUGACAGCUACUACACCGCUCGUUCAGCAGGGAAGUGGCCUCUCAAGUGGUAUGCACCGGAGUGCAUCAACUUCCGCAAGUUCUCCAGCCGCAGCGAUGUCUGGAGCUAUGGGGUCACCAUGUGGGAGGCUUUCUCUUACGGCCAGAAGCCCUACAAGAAGAUGAAAGGCCCAGAGGUCUUGGACUUCAUCAAACAGGGCAAGCGGAUGGAGUGCCCACCAGAGUGUCCACCAGAAAUGUAUGCACUCAUGAGUGACUGCUGGAUCUACAAGUGGGAAGACCGCCCAGACUUCCUGACAGUGGAGCAGCGCAUGCGGACCUAUUACUACAGCAUGGCGAGCAGGGCUGAGGAUGCUCCACAGUGUGGACAGGGGGUGGAGGCUGCGUGUGCUUGAGUUCCAGCAACUCUGACCCUGUGAGCCCCAUGCUCAGCCUUUUCCUCUCUGCUUGCAGCUGGUCCUGGGAGUGACCAUCUGGUUGAGGUCAGCUUGGCUUCUCCCUCCCUCCAGUGGGGAUGUAGUAAGGGGCACCUGAAACCUAAAGCCCAUAGCCCCCUCCCACUUUCUACCUGGUCUCCAGACCUUUUAGGCUGGAGAGGACAGAAGGGGGGGCAUGCUGGGAAGCCUGGGUUGGGACUGGUACCUACUGAGGGUCCUGGGCUGAGGGGGCAUUCCUCACAAGGAGCCGAAGCCUAGAGUCUCCAAUGAAGGUAGCUUCAAUCGUGGGAAUAAACUCUUUUCU